UGGACGUUAGCUUGUUAUCACACAGAUAUAAGAUGGAAAUCACAAAAGGUAAUCUGGAUGACAUCUCCCGACCAGCGUCUUGUGAGCGCUCUCGUCCUGGCAGUCGCGUGUCCAACGUGAUUGUCCCAGAAGGGGUGAGAGUAAAUCAGUCCCAGCCUGGGGCUCUGGAGGUCCUCAGUUCCCAAUCCACUGAAACACAGGAUGAAAGCUUGGACUGCCCAUUAGAAGACGUUGCCUCUGACCUAGAUACUUCUGAUGAGGAAAAUGAAGAUCCAAAGUUGCUAGAAGCCAUAAGGAAAAUGAAAAGCCUGGACAGAUUACUGGCUAUCAAGAUGUCUAACGAAAAGGAAGUGAAAAGACGAGGCAGGGAGCUGCAUCAGAGACUCUGGCAAGAACUAGAGGAUCUGAGAACCAACAGGAGUCCAGAGUGCAGUGAUGAAGCAGAAAACACCAGGUUGUUCUUGGCGCUUACCUCCAGCACCUCCAAAAGCUGCAGUGAAGAGGUGGAAUUUGAAUCCGUAUUUGGAACCCAAGUCCCAGAUCAAGAGAAUGACCCAAGUUGCCGAAAUGGAUUUGAAGGUACGCCUUGUGAGUCGGAGGAUGAAAUGCAUAGCAACUCUUCAAGUUCCGCUGAAGGGGAUUACAAGGUAGGACGAGACAAGCAAACAGACACCAGACAGACGGCGGUGGACAAGAACAAACACAGACAAGAUUUUGUCAAGAAAAACAUUGAGCUUGCCAGUGGUGCAGGGAGCCUGGUGCUCAUGACCCAGGAGGAAAAAGAGCGACUAGAUGAGCUCCUCAAGGACUUAGAUGAAGAGGGGGUGAAUGUUGAACUUUCAGCCAAACCUGAGACAGACUUCUCCCUGUGUGCCGUGCCAACAACACCUGGUGAAGGUUAUACACCCCAACCAUUCGAGCUCGAUCAGCUUCUCCACAUUGAUACCAAACUGCAACUUCUGCUUCCUGUUGAGAAAUUUCUUUCCGUGAGAAGUUCCUUCAGUCUCUGCAGCAUUUCUCAGGGGCGAAGAGGUGAAGAGCCAGGUGAGAGGGUCCUACGGGAUAUGAAGGAGACGAGAGGGCAGGAAGAGAGUCUGCGCGAAAUCCAGCAGCAGCUGGAACAGCUCGCACAGAGCCAGCACACAGCUAGGUUAAGUGAAGAGCAGAUGAGGAACCUGCUGUUAGAAUGUGAGAUGGCCCUGAGCACUCAAGAUAUGGAUGAGUUGCCAGACUCCAGACCUCUGGAAAGUGGAACCGUGUCUCUGCUGGUCAGCACGCCAACUCUAUCAAGUUCUGCCCUUUCAGAGUUGCUGCUGGAAGCUUGUGGAAGCCCCAUCACUCCUGAUCUGAGUGAAGAAGCAAGAACUGACAACCUAGCAGUAAUAAACACAUGUUAAACAUUA